UCAACUACCAGUAUGCCCAUUACUUUUGGAGCAGUAGGAGACAUUCUCUCUGUAUGCCUCCUAGUCAAAGAUCUCGUGAACGCGCUCGACAAGGUUCGUGGCUCCAAGGCUGAGUACCAAUCCUUGACCCGCGAACUCUGGAUCCUCGACCGUGUUUUACUGGAAGUCGAUCUGCUUGCUCGCACACAUGACGGAGGGAGAACCCCGGAGCUCAAUGCAUUUUGCCAGACGGCGCGGGAAGCUGUGGAUCGUUGCAAGACCCUUGUUAGCGACUUCCUGGCAAGACUGAGGAAGUACCAGAACUCUUUCGAAGAGGGCGGUUCUAGUUCCUCAAAUGUUUUCAAGACUACGGCGAUGAAAGUGCGGUGGCGGGUUGGCGAGAAAGAUGCAGUUGAGAAGUUUCGGGUGGAUAUUGCGGCGACGAGUGCGAGUUUGCAAAUGCUCCUAACGACUGCCACUGUCAACCUUCUUAGCAUACACGUCGAUAAAGUCGACAAACGCAUGUCUGACAUACACAAAAACAACGAAGCGCAUCACACAAAGGCCGAUGCCACUCUGGCGUCAUUGCUGGACCGGUUAGAGGAGACAAACAUCCUGUUUACCUUUAAAAACUCGAUGACUAGCAAGAUUGCAGAUGCACUCCGCUUAGACUGGCUUCACCAGCUGGUCUCGGAAUGGACAAGUCUCCUGCGCCGCGUUAUUGCCAUGAACAUUGCGACAUAUCGCGCUUUCCUCAAAAUCCAAUCGGCCCUUUCUUCAUGUCGAGAGCGGGUUUUGAUCGAGGAGCCUUUGACAUUGGAGGACGCGAUUGGCCGCAUCACACCUAUACAUCUUCAAUUCGUUAGAUCUUGGGAUGCCUUCAACGCGGUAUUGGAGAUACGAUUUCGAAACAUGGAAGGACACACAAAGGUCAAGAAACAGCAGUAUAAGUUACAAGACAAAGUUACAAAGCGAGACAUUCUGCCGGGAAAAUCCUGGGAUGGGGUCUUCUUUCCGGGCCAGCGGGUGGAGAUGAGCUUCAUCUUCGACCAAGACGGUAACCGGACAGAGUCGACAUGUCCGAGCUGCCAGGCCAGCUCAAUAUCGCCACUCACCGAAGAGAUUCAGUGCUCCAACUGCCAUCUCUGGUAUCGUCGUGUCACCAUUAUGCAGGACACAGAAGAGCCGCCACAGAGACCAUCACACCCACAAUGGAAAUCAUCUGAGCCUGCAUUUGGUCAAACUGGCCUUGAAGGUGUCAUACUUGGCCCAGCCAAGCCAGGUAUAAAGCGGGCAUCUUCCAGCGAUCCUGAUGAUUCCGCGCUUUCGGCUCGGAUACUACGCGACAGAGAUACGUCUCCUUUGCCGCCGUACCGGGUCUUACACCAGGCAGCUUUCGAGGGGGUAGCCAGCGGACUGAAUCAGCCAAUCUUCACAGUGGAAGGAUUGAGGCAGCAGACGCAACAAUGCCACACUUGGAUCCUGCAACCACCGUGGAAAAAGAUCUUGAAAAUGCCAGAAAAGCGUUGGCGGAAAAGCGUAGGCGUCCACCGCCCAAUCUAUUCCAAAAUUUCAAGAGAAUACUCCAAUCUUCUCAUUCCUCAAGUCCUACAUCGACCCAGGGCUGAUCGAAUCCAGUGUGGGUUGAGUAUCCAGGCGGUGACAGUUAUGCUGAGGUCGUAG